UGUGCAAAUGUAAACAACAAAAGAAAGUGCAGUGCUACAUAUGUAAAAAGUGUAGUAGGUCAGCCUUUGGCUGUUUUCCAAAACGAGUCAGUUCAACAAGUUGUAAAUUGGAAUUUCAUGGUUGUGCGCUUAAAAACUGAUAUGUUUUGGAAAACAGUCUUUCUUACGAUUAUGCGAUACCUUUUUAUGUGCAUAUAUUUUCAAAUUUAGGACUGGUGAAUGCGGUCAUUCUGGAAGCCAUAGUUUACAAAGUGUAGUGCACAGUUCAACAACAGUGAUUGGGUUUGCUACUUCAUAGCAGCAGAGGAAAUGGAAACAUUGCUCUGCUAUUGCUACUUCUCUACUUGAAUGGAUAAGAAGCACGGCCAGAAUCGGAAAACACACGAGGACCUUUCUUGUUUUACUUGGUUCUAUGUUUCGUUGAGGCACAGAUCAGGUAGGAGAACUAAAAUAUGAACGAAGUGAUAUUUGUAGUCAGAGUAAUAGCACAUACAACAAUAUUAUGAUAGCCUCAACGAAACAUAGCACUAAUUAAAACAAGAAAGGCCUUCUUGUGUUUCCCGAUUCUGACACUGCUUCUCAUCUAUUCAAGUAGAGAAGUUGCAAUAGCAGAUCCACGUUUCCGUGCCACUGCUGCUAUGAAGUAGUGAACUCAACCACUGGUAGUUGUCAUAAUUCGCAGUAGUAACAGUUUAACAUGAAGCAAUGGAUUUGUCACCACUGUUCCUGGGAGAUACCGAAGCGCUCUCUCCACCACGCACGAGCAACACAGAUGUAGCCCUACAUAGAAAGCGCUUUCAUGUGGCACUGCCUUACGAGGAGCGCUUUGUCUCCCAGCCAACAGUAACCACCAACACGGGUGUAGCCACUACAACAACAACAAGCAACACAGGUCAACAAUUUACCUUGUCUCACCUGCUGGAGAGGCAAAAAGAAAUGUUUGAUGGCGUCAUGGCCGCCAUUGGAAGAGUUGAGUCAAAGGUGGACGGAAUAGCAAAUGCUCUGGCCGAAAAGAUGCCCGAACGCGCCGAAGUUCAAGCUCAAGGGCAGCUACUGCGAGAGUGCAAAGUGGUGACCUCGAAAGUUCACCAAAGUAUUUCCCGAAUCACUGGAGAUGCUAUUAGUAAAGAGCAUACUUUGCUUCAAAGUAUGCUUCCACUAUCAUCCCAGGAAAAGUUAAAUACUUUGGAGAAUCUUUUGGGAAACAAACCACACUCCGAUGCGAUGGGUGCUAAGGGUUGUGUGAAACACGUGUUGAGAAGCAUUUUUGCCGACACUCUACUCAUUUCAUACAAUUAUGAGGGCAAAGCCAACAAAGCUCCACUUCUGGGGCUAAAAACAAUAGAAUUAGUUUUCGAUGCGUUUGUGAGUAUGCCCAAAAUUGACCUCAUUGCGGAAAUCAGAAAGCACGUGUUCCUAAGCCACAAUAGGUACAAACAAAUUGUAAUAAAAAAAAAUUAAACAUAAUAACAAAUCUAACAAUAAUUAAUUUAAUUAUCUUAUUAUUAAUCUCUAAAAAAAAAGUAACAUAAAAAUUUAAUAACUUUCCAAUCUAAAUUUCAAAAACGUUAUUUAAAUACGGCUAUUCGGGAUUUUUUGUAUAUCGACUGCGGAGUGGAAGAUCGACCUCGGCAGCCAGUUCGAAAAUUACCUAUCUCAAAAAACUUUUCAAGAACGCCCUA